UCAGGGACGAGGCCAAGGGACGAUCCUGUACAGGCUAUGCCUACUACACUAAACAGUGCAGAGGUCAGGUCAGAUCAGGUCGCAGUUGGUUAGCUCCUCUGCUCGACUGUAUAUUUAAUCUUCCACAAGCCAUAUCUACUCACAACACUCUCUCCCUGAAUAAUGUCCUCCUAAGACAGUUAAAAAAGAAGAUACUAUUGUAGUCUAUCGAGGUAAGAAAUAAGUAAAAAAAGAAAAAGAAAAGGGAGAGUAGGUGAAUAUGUGUAUGUAUCAUAGUGCAAGUAGGACAAAAGGAUAAAAGAAAAAAAGUAGGACAAAAGGAGUUUCCUGUGGGAGGUUCCUUCCUGAAAUAUAUAGAGGGAAAGAAGGAGACCGGUGAAGCAGCUUCCCAUGCUGCAGGGUAGUCUUGCAUGCAAAGGCUUCCCAGGGUUGUCUUAGUAGAGGCUUAGCUUCUUAGAGAAAACUUUGGUUCCUGAUUCAUUUUUGAUCUCUCAGACAGCAGGAGGAAUCAGCAGUGGAAAUGGGUAAGGGUGAAGACUUCGAGCUCCUAAAAAUCCAGACCCACAUCCUGAAGGUGAACAUACAUUGUGAUGGAUGCAAGCUUAAAGUAAAGAAACUCCUCCAUAGAACUGAAGGAGUCUUCUCAGUAAGCAUAGAUGUAGAACAGCAGAAGGUCACAGUUUCAGGAAAUGUGGACUCUGAAACUCUGAUCAGGAAGCUGAUCAAAGCACGUAAGCAUGCAGAGCUAUGGACUCAAAAGAUCAACCAGACUCAGCAGCUCAACCAGCAAAAGCAGCAGCAGAAGCAAGUAGCCAACCCCAUGAAGGAUGCCAACAAAAACAACAAAGAACAAGACAAACAAGGCCUCAUGCGAGGCCUCAAAGCCUUCAAGAACCAGCACAACAAGCUUUCCCCAUCCAGCUCCGAUGAGGAAGACUUUGAUGAUGAUGAUGAUGACGAUGAGGAUGUAGAUUAUGACGAAGAAGAAGAUGAUGCUGAUAUGCAAAAUCUUGAUAGUAAGAUGAAGCAAACUAAUUUCAUGAGGCAGGCAAACAACGCCCCAACCAACGCAAAGCAAAGUGGGAACGGCAAUGGAAAAGCUGGUGCAAAUGCCAAAAUUGGAUGCAACAGGAAGGGGGGAGAAAAUGCUAACCAAAACCACAUCAAAAGUCCAAAUGAGUCGCAACAAAAAGGCACCAAUGCUGGAGCUAACAACAGGGUGGUCAAUGGCAAUCCUAAAGUUCAGGGCAACAAUGGGGUGAUGGGUCUUGGCCCCCCUGGGCUUGGUGGAACCAAUGGAUGCUUGCCAGGAAAUGCUUUCAAAGGCUACACAGGACACCCACCACAAUGUGGGGGUCAAUACCAGUCUCCAGUGACGGUGAACAUGCAGGGCUACCAGACCCAUCCAUCAUCAUCCAUGGUGAACAAUUUGAGAGGGCACAACAUGGUGGUGCAUGAAAGCAGAUACAUGCAGCCUCAGAUGAUGCACCUCAGGACCUCUCAGAUCUCCCCCUACGCUGGUUACUACAACUGCUACCCAAGCCCUUACUAUCUCAGUAACCAAGUUGAUAAUGGUUAUUAUGGUACCCAUCUUUUCAGUGAUGAAAACACUAAUGCUUGUAUUAUCAUGUAAAAAGAAGGUAUGUAGGAUAUGGGAUCAAGUGUUGCUGUUAUGGUUUUCUGUAAGUGGUGACUCAGUGGUGCUCCAAACUGUCAGCAUUCUUGGUGUUACCUUUGGCUGGACAUUUUACUGCCCCCUUGUUCAUGUGCUUUCCACUCUCUUUGAUGCUACUGACUGUUGCCUAAAAAGUUGUAAUUACCAAGAGAACAAGAUAAGAAAAUCUUGGUUUGGUAGACUUAGCCAUUCUUCUACCCUAAGGAAUAUCAUGGCAAUAGAAGGAUUUACUACUCAGACAAAUGUGCAUUACUCAAUACAGCCUGAGAGCAUGAGAAAUGAGAGUAUCCACAAAUAAACUUAAGGUCCACUUCUCUCGAUUGGCGACAAUGAGUGUAGAGUAAGAAAGGAUGAAGCCAUAAAGAAAUAACUUCAAAGGCACUGAGAACAACCACAUAUGCAACCACAAAAUAUAUAAGACUAGUAUAAACUAUAAAG